UUUGUAUCACAUGACAGAAAAAUAUGGCGGACGAGACAAAUAAGUUCAAAAGCGAAAGUAGAAAUCGUUUUUUACGGUUAUUGUAGUUAUCAAAGAUAUCCAAUAUUUAUUAAGUAAAUUGAGAGAAAGGCGACGAGAUGGUUGACGAAAGAAAACGUUUGAUACCUCCCCGGUUGGAUGACACAGAUGACGAACCGCCUUGCAGCUGUUGUGGAGCACACAGAUUCAACAAUAAAUUUCUUGCCAAGGCAACAGUUCUUGCAACUGUCGCAUUUGAAAGACUUGCAUUCUACAGCAUAUCAGGGAACCUGAUUUUGUUCUUAAAUGGAACACAGUACAAUUGGUCAUCUAUAUAUGCACUGGAUGCAUCUUUCUUUUUCCUUGGAAUUGCAUGUAUUUUCUAUUUCUUGGGUGGAAUUAUUGCUGACAUUAGGUUUGGCAGAUUCCGAAUUAUAGUGACAGCAUUCAUUAUAUACUUACUUGGAUAUACACUUUUCCCAGUACUUUCAAAUGUAGACGUUGAAGACAAAUUAAUGACAAACUCAUCAUUCCUGAAUUGUCAUGGCAAUGAUUCAAAUUCAAGAGGAACAGGAUGUUCAGCUGUAUUUUUUAUUGCAUUAGCUGUAGUCGGAGCUGGAACAGGGAUGCUUCGAGCAAAUAUUGCUCCAUUUGGGGCUGAUCAACUGAGGGGCGAAGGAAGUGAAAGUUCAGUGGUAUUUUUCAACUGGUAUUAUUGGUCUAUAAAUGUUGGAACAUUGAUUGCUCUGGGAGGCAUUGCUUAUUUACAACAGGGAGUUCAAACUGAUGGUUUCUUUUAUGGAUAUCUGAUAGCAAUGUGUUGUCUUGGUGCUGGAAUGCUUAUCUUCUUGUCAGGUAAAUGUACCUAUGUAUAUCGAAAACCUGUUGGUAGUAUCUUCACAAACAUUUUAAAAAUUAUCAGAGAAGCAUGGAGAAUGAAGAAGAGGAAAAAAGCCCAGCAGUAUGAACACAGGCUUGAAUUUCAAAGGGGUCAGGCAGAUCUGGUACCAACCCUUCAACCAGCAAGUUUCCUUGACCAUGCCAAGUUCAGGUUUGGCGGUACUUACCAUGAUAAUGAUGUUGAUGAUGUCAAGCAGCUUGGUAAAAUCCUCGUUGUGUUUGCUGCAUUAUUACCAUACUGGAUGGUUUACUAUCAGAUGGAGACAACGUUUUUGGUUCAAGGUUUACACAUGAAGUUAUACACAGGGACUGGUUAUAAUACAACCCAGUCAUGCACUACAAGACCAGAUGGUAUUUGGAAUGAAACACCAACAAAAGAAGCCAGCAACAGGUUCAGUAUAGCUGUGGCAUGGCUGACAUUAUUUGAUGUCGUCUUGCUGAUAUUCCUGAUCCCAGUGCUGGACCGUAUUAUAUACCCUUGGAUACGACAGAAAGGCUGGAACUUCACGAUGGUGAUGAGGAUAAUGAUUGGCUUUGCAUAUGCUCUUGUGGCCAUUUGUGUUGCUGGCUUGGUUGAACAUUUUAGAUUAAAGACUUACUGGGAGAGUUACAGACCUAACAUAACAAACAACACAUGUUGUUAUUCCAUGGUUCCACAACAAAUACAGAAGGGUGCGAUCUACUAUGCAGCAGAUAUGAGUAUAUUUUGGCAAAUACCACAGUAUACCCUCAUAGGAUUCAGUGAAAUCUUUACCAGUAUAGCAGGCUUAGAGUUUGCAAGCAUGGUUGCUCCUAGAUCUAUGAAAAGCAGUGUGAUGGGACUUUUCUAUGUGUUUUCGGGCCUCGGAAGUUUUCUUGGGUUUGCAGUGGUACAUUUAUUUGAAGGGAAGUGGUUUUUUGAAGGUGACCAUGGAAACAUAAACUGUAAGAAAGGAUGUUACGGUUCACCCGGAACGUGUCAUCUGGACUAUUAUUUCUACUUCCUGUGUGGGAUACAGCUUUUGGGAAUACCAUUCUUUUAUUUUGUUGUGAAAAAGUUAAAUAUAGAAACAAUACCAAAGGAUAACAGAAAUGCAGAUAACCGUUUUAAUAAUACACACAGAAAUCGGCGACAGCCAAGGAGACGUAGCGGUGCAAUGGGAACUGGAAACUUUGAACACACGUCUAUAUCAGACAGACCGACCACACCAAAGGCAGUGUCUGUGGUUUCAGACACAGAAUCUGGAACUUCGGAGUCAGGAUCAAGUAACUUAGGUUAUGGUGCUACAGGACAAAACCAAAAACAUUUGAAUAAUGUUGCUCACAAUCCGCCAGUAGAAAGAACAAUUUACAGAGAUAGAACUGGUCGUAUUGGAGGCCCUGUUACUGAUUAAAUGCAUGUUGUUGUUGCAGUAUUUAAGGCCAAGGAUAACUGAUUAGUAACUCCUUUUUCCAGUUAGAUAAUAUUGUGAGAUGAUAUAGUGAGGUAAUGUGAAAGGCAGAUAAUGUAGUGAUAAAGUGCUUUAAAACUUUCUUUCAGAUAAGUACCAUUUCUUGCAACAUAAGUAAUUAAAUAGCAUAUUACUUUAAAUGAGGAGAUGAAAAACAGUUUCCAAGAUUUUUGUGUUUUUAUUUUCAAAAUAUACAUCUUUAUAUAAAUUUUACAGCUAGAAAAAUUACUACUGAUUUUCGUUUAGCCUUUCACAAAUGCAUUUUUUUAGAUAUGAGAGAGAGAGAGAGGUUAGAAUCUUUAUAUAUAUAAAAUCGAUCAGUUGUUUUAUACUGUAGAUGAUGAUAAAAAUGUUUUUAUUAAAGUAUUAUUGUCAACCCUGGACAAAGUGUUUCAGAGAUAGGACACAGUGUCCGAAAGAUAGGAUUUCAGAAUACAGAUUAGAAUUACUAACUUUCUUUAAGAUAAGAGUCAUGUGUAUUGUGCUUUUCACCUGGUAACCUAAAGAACCAAGGUAAGCUUUAGGGGCAGGAGCAGCUUAUGUAUCUUGCACUAUCCUACAAGUAAGGUAGUUCUGCACAUUUGAUAAGCCUGAAGUAAUAACAUAGAAUAAAGCCUAGACAAUAUAAAAGUGAUGUAUACAUGAAGUAAUAACAUAGAAUAAAGCCUAGACAAUAUAAAAGUGAUGUAUACACCAUAUAGCAUUAAUUUAGCACAUACACAUGCUGGUAUAAUGCACUAAUAUUUUCAUCAUAAGUUUUGUUAGAAUUAAAUGUUAACUACACUAAUAUAAGUAUUUUAUCACCAGAAGUAUAAUAACUGCUGUAAUUGUUCUAUGUACAGUUAAACUUGUGUGUAAAAGCUACUGUUAGGAAAAUUAAAUGAAAAAGAAGUCUUUGUUGUCAGGUCGUCUCUUUUACACUGUUGUAGGCAGUCAAGUUCCCAGACUGUGUAAAUAUGUUUUUAUGCAUUAGAAAUUAAGGAUAAAUGCUACUUAUUGUUUAAAUUUGGGCUGUAUCUGUUAAACAUGCCAAGUUUUGAUGACUACGAAGGUACAUAAAGGUAAAUUAAAAUGAUUUUUAUAUACUUCCCUAAGUGUGACCUUGACUUUUGAGAGAGGAGUCUAGGGUUUGAGAUGGUGUGCCAGAUAAAAGUAAGAUUGCUCCAUAUCUGUCUGAGGCAUGACAUUGCAGAUUUUGUAACCAUUCUCUUUCUGAAAUCUCUGUCAUCUGGUGACAUCCUGCAUGACUGGACCAAUGCCAGUGUAUGCACCUUAUACAAGAAGGGCAACACCGGUACACCAGUGACUCGGCUAACUAUCAGCUUAUCUGUCUCACCUGUUUACUCUGUAAAACCCCUGGAACAUUGAUUCCUAUCUAUCCUCACAGUAUUCUGUACAUUCAACAUGACCCAAUAUCAAGCUUUAUUUAGAGAUAUCAGGAGAUAAAUAUAGAUAGUUCUUAAAUGACCUUUGACCCUUAAGUAUGACCUUGACCAUUUAUAUAGGUGCCUGGGUUUUGCAUAUGACACUCUGUCACAUUGUGGCAAACAUUUAAGCAGAAACAAAAUAAGAUUGCUCCAAGCAUGUCACAGUUACAUGGCAUGCAAGCUUGAUAAAAAUCUAGAUCAAGCAUCAGUUGUUACCAAGAUGUUGUGAAGUAUACUAAUUGUUACCAAGAUGUUGUGAAGUAUACCAAUUGUUACCGAGAUGUUAUAAAGUAUACAUGUUAAAUUCCUUUAGUGCAGGCUUCAUAGUUUGUUCUAAAACAGCAGUUAGGGAAUUUAAUGAUGACCCGAAAUGGGAAGAGAAUAUAGUGGCCUUAACAAGCAGGUAUCUUAGUAUUGGCUUUUGGUUAGGUAACAAUAUACGUAAGCAUUGACAAACCACACAAAGUAUAUUUACAUAUUUAAUCAUUUAUCUAAUGGUGCCAAGUUUUCAGAUCAUUCUCGGGAUUCAGUCUUGGUAUUGGUCAGUAUUAAAGUGGUGCUUAAAAACAACAGCUGUCAGGAUUGGUCUGAAAACGCGGGAUUUAGAACUUUAGGAGAUGGUAUGUUAAAGGUAAAUCUUACCUUAUUGACAAGGUCCAGCACAAAGUGGGGGAAAGUCCUUCACCUGUGUGAGAUGUUAAUGCAGUAAAAUGUGUGUUAUCACUGAUGAAGAACUAUUUUCGUGUUUUAUAAUUUAUAUUCAAUAUAUACAGUGUAACCAGACUGAACAUUUACUCCCGUUUAUUAUACAUAUCUCGCAGUUAGUGAAAAUAUUUGUGUAGCCAUGGAUAUUUAAUUCUUAGAAUGUAUGUUAUAAAUCAUAUAAAUCAGACUGUGAUUGUAAUUCCAGGGUAGUCAGUUUGUUUGUUUGUUUGUUUUUUGUUGUUUUUUUUGGUUGGGUUGAAAUAUUAAACAAACACAAUUUUAGGUCAUAUAGUGAUUUUUGGCCUUGCAUGGUGGAAGAAGACCCCCAUAGCAUUAUUUCAGGCCAGUUUGACAUCUUGGUUGAACCUCCAACCUUCCAUAAAUUGGAUGGCAGCUUCCUCACAUGAAAAAAUUAUACAGCCAAAGUUAAAUUUUGAGCUUACAGUGGUAACUGGCAGGUGAUUCAUUUACCGACCACUCAGCCACAAGAGUAGCGCCAAUCACUAUAUGCUUAUAUAGUGGCAUCACUCUUUUUCACUUUUUGAAGACCAAGAGAUAAUUAUACCUUGUAUGUGUAUCAUAUAUAAAACUGUGACAUUUAUUUUUACUUGUUCAUACAUCAUUUUGUUUAUUUUUCUAUCUUUUAAAGCUGUAUACACUUUCUUUUAUUAACCUGUGCAAUGUUUUUUUAUUAUGCACACACUUGCCUUCAUGCACAUGUAUGACUGUAAGUCACUAACUAUUAAAACUUUUAUACUAGUA